UGUCCCGUCUGCUUGUCAAGUCGGCAGCACAACACCGCUAAUAGGGCUUCUUUGUUUGUCUUUUUCUUGUGUUUAACAAUAAAGAAACCUCGUUAGAUGACAUUGUAUGUAAAGGACAUACGUGGACGCCGCCACAUGAGGGAUUUGAGCCACCUGGACGCACGAUAACAGAGCCACAGAGCAACAUCUGACCUGAGCCGACAUCAGAUCUCGUCUGCGAACAUGAAGACGGACAUCAACUACGACCAGCUGGUGGACGUGGAGUGGAAGAAACAGGACUCCAACAGGAAGGUACAGAUGUACUACAGGUGUUUGAUAGCCAUGGCCUCCGGACUCAGCGUGCUGCUGGCCGCCGUGGCGCUCUACAGCCUGCUCACGCCGAGCGUCUUCUCCAAGUAUCCGGCGCCGAGCGUCAGCCUCCGUCCACAGAAGGUCGAGUCCUGCUCAGAUCCCUGCAGGAUUGUUCUGGUGGAGAGCAUCCCCGAAGGCCUGGAGUUCAACUCCAGCACCACCCACCCCUCCAUCUUCCAGGCCUGGAUGAGUCUGAUGAGUGAGGCCCGCAGCAGCGUCGACAUCGCCUCCUUCUACUGGACGCUCACCAACCAAGACACCCACACCGAGGAGCCGACAGCCGCUCAGGGUGAGGCCGUUCUGCAGAAACUAGCCGAGCUGUCGGGGAAGCUGUCCGUUCGCGUCGCCGUGAACACGCCGCAGGCGAGUCAACCGCAGGACGACCUCCAGCUGCUCAAUGACUCAGGAGCCGACAUCAGGAAAGUGAACAUGAGGAAGCUCACCACGGGCGUCCUUCACACCAAGUUCUGGGUCGUAGACAAGAAGCACAUUUACAUCGGCAGCGCCAACAUGGACUGGAGGUCCCUCACACAGGUGAAGGAGCUCGGCGCCGUCGUCUACAACUGCAGCUGUUUGGCGGCGGACCUGGGGAAGAUCUUCGAGGCCUACUGGUUCCUGGGGGACAGCGAGUCCAUCCCGUCGCCGUGGCCGGUCAGCUUCUCCACGCUGUACAACAAGGACACGCCGCUGCAGCUGCCGCUCAACGACACGCCGUCCGACGUCUAUCUGUCGAGCUCCCCUCCGUCCUUCUGUGCAGCCGGCAGAACUCCGGACCUCCAGUCCAUCCUCAGCGUGAUGGAGGACGCAGAGAGCUUCAUCUACAUCGCUGUCAUGAACUACCUGCCCACCAUGGAGUUCUCACACCCCAAAAGGUACUGGGCCGACAUCGACACCCAGCUGAGGCGGGCGGCGUACGAGAGGCGGGUCAAAGUGCGGCUGCUGAUCAGCUGCUGGAAAAGCACGCAGCCGGUCAUGUUUCCCUUCCUCAAGUCUCUGGCUUCGGUUUACGACCCCAAGAGCAAACUGGACAUCCAGGUGAGGCUGUUUGUGGUGCCUGCAACUCCCCAGCAGAAGGAGAUUCCCUUCGCCAGAAUUCCCUUCGCCAGAGUCAACCACAACAAGUACAUGGUGACUGACAAGAUCGCAUACAUAGGUACGUCCAACUGGUCCGGCGACUACUUUGUGAGCACGGCCGGCUCGGCGCUGGUCGUCAACCAGACGGCGUCGCAGUCGCCGGAGCCGACCGUCCAGUCGCAGCUGAAGGACGUGUUCGAAAGGGACUGGAGCUCCGACUACAGCACUCCUCUGACCCAGGACUCCGACCUCAGAGACUUCUGUUAGCAGC